AUGGAGGCAACAGCCUUGCUCAGAUCAGCAGGUCAACAGCUUGGAAAAUGGAUGGUGGAAGAAGCCAAGUACUUAUAUGCUGUGAAAGAUAAGGUUGAGGGGCUUCAGAGUGAGCUUGAAUGGAUUCAAUGUUUCCUGAGAAACGCGGAUGAGAAAAAGAAUGAUGAUGAAAUGAUUCACAAAUGGAUUGCAGAGAUCAAUGAUUUCUCAUAUGAAGCUGAAGACAUUCUUGAAAAAUACCUUCUCAAGGUUUCACAUCCCAGAAAAAAUGACGGAAUCUGGAAUGCGCUUAAAUGGGCUACUUGUGCUCUUGGAGAUGUUAUGUCAACUCAUCAAGUUGGCUUGGAAAUUGAUGUAUUAACUAGUAAGAUCUCAAAGUUAUCAGCCAGAAUGAUUACUUAUGGAGUAAAGCCAGAAAGUUAUGGCGAAAGCUCAUGGAAACGAUUACACUCUAAUAAGGCAGAGCUAAGACGCACUCAUUCCCAUCUUCCGGUGGAUGACAUAGUUGGGUUGGAAAAUGACACGGAAACUUUAGUUGGUCAGCUGAUGAACAAAGAGAAAAAAGUGAUUGCCAUAAGUGGUAUGGCAGGGUCUGGUAAAACCACUCUGGCUAGGAAACUAUAUCAUUCAGUAAAAGGGGGUCAGUUUGAGAAGUGUGCUUGGAUUUAUGUGUCUCAAAAAUUCCAACCAAAGGAUGUUAUAGAAGCGAUUUUACUCAGAUUUUUUGCUGAUGAUCAGAAGAAGAGGAAUGAGGUUCGGGACGCUGGAAAACAGCUAGAAGGAAUGCUAUACAGAGAGUUACAACAAAAGAAGUAUCUGGUGGUUCUUGAUGAUAUAUGGAAAUUCAGUGAUUGGGAUUCUCUGAAAAGUGCAUUCCCAGUUAAAGCAAACUCUCGCAGUAAAUUGUUAAUUACUACACGUAAUAACAGCUUGGUAUCACAUGUUGAUCCUCAAGGAUUUCUUCAUCAAUUAAAGCGUCUAAACGAGGAGGAAAGCUUGAAGUUGUUCGACAGGAAAGCAUUCUUUGGCCAGGAUAUCAAAACUGGAGAUCCUAGAACGCAGUUGCGAAAACAAAUGGUUGCUCAAUGCAAAGGCCUGCCUUUGGCAAUAGUUGUGCUGGGAGGAAUUCUUGCACCUAAAAGAAGACUAGAGGAAUGGAAAAAUGUUCACAAUAAUGUUGUGACAUUUUUCCAAAACAGCAAUGAUGAAGAAAAUGGAGUAACUGGUGUCUUGGAGUUGAGCUACACAGAUUUACCCUUCCACUUAAGACCUUGCUUCCUUCAUCUAGGGAAUUUCCCAGAAGAUUAUGAAAUACCUACUAAAAAAUUGUACCGAAUGUGGAUUGCUGAAGGUAUUGUUGCACCAAGAGAUGAUAAGCCUGCAGAUUUGGAAAACAUCGCGAACAGUUACUUGCAGGAGUUGGUGCAAAGAUGUAUUGUGCAAGUUGGUAAAAGAGGUCCAGCCGGGAAGAUAAAAACAUGUCGCCUACAUGACUUAAUGUGGGAGAUGUGUACUUCUAAGGCGAAAGAGGAGAGUUUUCUCUCUAUUGUUCGUCAAGGGAACACAAGCGAGGGCUACAACUACAACAGUUCUGCAGGAAUAAGAUUCGGAAAACUGCAUCGUUUAGCCAUUCAUUUUGGUCAGAGUCUGCAAAGUAUUUUUCCUUGUCAGCAGUUUAACAAGGCUUCGCACCUUAGAUCCUUGAUGUUCUUUAGCAUUGGUCCUGUUAACGAGGGUGAUCAAGGUUGGUUAAGGGCAAUUCUAAAUGAGUUCAAGUUGCUUCGCGUAUUGGAUCUUGAACAUACUGGAAUUGAAGAGGUUCCUAAAGAGAUUGGCACAUUAAUUCACUUGAGAUAUUUGAGCAUUAUGGGAACUCAAGUAAGCAUGUUGCCAUCAUCCAUAGGCAAGCUAAGGUGUCUUCAAACUCUUGAUCUACGUGUGUCACGUCUUCCAUACAACCGUGUUAUGAAGAUACCGAAUGUCUUGUGGAGGAUGAAGAGACUAAAGCAUUUGUAUCUCCCUUCACAUCCCGAUAACUUUACUCUCACGAGAAUCCCAAAUGUCUCGUGGAGGAAGAAAAGAGUAAAGCAUUUGUAUUUCCGAUCACAUACCAACAACCGCGUUAUGAGAAUAUCGAAUUUCUUGGCUAAGAGGUUUCAAAAGUUGAGGAUCAAAGGUUUAAGCAACUUGGAGAUCCUCAAGAACUUCGACACAAGAAGAUAUCGAGUAACUGACCUGCGCAAAUUGGAAAACUUGAGAAAACUCUCCAUCAAGAACGAGAUUUCCAAGGCUGAAACUCUGAAGAUCAUUUUAGAAUGCCAAAGCAUUAAGAACCAUAACCAUAUGCGUUUUUCCCUCAAGAUUCAUGCUUCUGUACUAAACGAAGACCCCACGAUUUUGCAAAGCUGCAGUUGCCUUCAUACUCUAGAAAUGGCAGGGACGGAAUCCCCCCUGACAGAACUGAGGCUAGACAAGGACAACGUCAUGUUUCCAGAAAAGUUGAUGAUAUUAAAAAUCAAAAACUGCAAAUUCAUGUGUGCUGAUCCUGUGAAAAACAUGGAGCAGCUCCGUAACCUGACAACUCUUUCUCUGCACAAUGUAUCAUUUCCUGAAAACUGUAUGGAUUUCUCAAAUGCAAGUUUCUUGCAGCUUGUUCACCUGAAGCUCAGCAACAUGAAAACCUUAAAGGAGUGGAGGGUAGGAGCAGGAACUAUGCCUAAACUUCACCGUUUGCAGAUAGAGUACUGCGAUGAAAAUCUGAUGAUUCCUGAUGGAUUGCCUACUUCAGUUGAGGUUGUUUGUCAUCCUUGUGUCAGAGGAUUCGACAAGUAUUGUACCUGCCCGUUCGUUUCAGUUGUAGAUGAUGACGACGAUGAUUUCGCUACCCAAUACUGCACUAAUAUCCUUUCUUGAUUCAAUCUCAAGAGAAAAAAUUAUUGUCUCAUUGGAUGAAAGGUGGACAUUUAGACAUCACAAGCUCACAGCACCUAUGUUACUCAGACACGGAUUGAGUGUCUACUCAGACACGGGUGUCCAAGUGUCAAGACUCGAUUAUUUUGUAGAAAAAAGUCAAGUUUUUAGUUUAAAAUGAAGUAUCCAAGUACAGUGUCGUGUCCGACACGACACGACACCCCGUUUUUGAGGUAAAUGAAGGUGUCGGAGUAACACUGCACAACACAAUGGUGGUUUAUUCUAGUGGACAUUGGUGAAUCUAGACAUGUUAACAACUCUACUUUUAGAAUUUUGCCUUUGCAUUUAAUUGCAAUAUUGUUUGUCUUUGAGGUGUAAAAGUAAGAGGAGUUUGUGAAAAAAAUGAAGGCAAAUUUUUGUAGAGGAUGCAAUGGCUCACCCAUGAGGGCCAUGUAUGUCUUCCCAGCCACGAUCCUUGUGAGGUUUUUAUCAUGUUUAAUGAUUAUAUCUUAUGACAAUGGAUAAUGGUUGUAUACUUGUAUUGCAUCA